ACUCGAUUUUUAUUUCUUCCUCGAUUUUUAUUUGGAACUCGACUUUUGCAAUGGGGCUACAUUCCUUAAAAAAAACCUACAAGUUGGAACUUAAAAGACAUAUGAACAGUUUCCUCCUCUCCUCUCCUGCACCGUUUAUCUCACAUAGUUUGAUAUCAUAAUUCAUACACCCUGCCCUUGAUGUCACUCACUCGCUGGUCCUGUUGUUUAGUCCUUGAUUCAGUCUCAUGUCAAUCACAAGCUUCAUAUACAAAAAGAGGGUUAUGACACAUUCAUGGGUUUGGAUUAUCUAUCUGCGUUCAUAGGGCACUUCAUUAAAUAAUGAAAACACUGCCCCUGAAGUCAUUUGGUUUGUUCCCAAAUUGGUUCGCUACGUGUUUGCAUAAAUGCCUGAAAGAGAAGGCUUUGCGACCCGGCAAGCAAGUUCAUGCAAUGUUGUUGACUAGUGGGAUGGACAUGAAGGUGUUGUCUAUGAGCUCAAAGCUUGUUGGGAUGUAUGCAAGUUGUGGGGAUAUGAGCUCUGCGCGGAUGGUGUUCGAGAAAAUUCAGAACCCGAAUGUCUUCGCAUUGAAUUGGAUGGUAUUGGCUUGUGCGUUUAAUGGGUAUUAUGAAGAGGCAAUUGGGUAUUUUUGUUUGAUGCAAGAACUGGGAAAUGUUGGUAAUAAGUUCACUUUUUCGAUUCUGUUGAAAGCGUGUGUUGGCUUAAUGGAUGUGAAGAAGGGGAAAGAAGUUCAUGCUGUGGGGAAGAAGAUGGGUUUUGUAGAUGAGGUGUCAGUGGCAAAUGCUUUGAUUGAUAUGUAUUGUAAAUGUGGAAGAGUUUGUUAUGCUCAGAGGGUGUUUGAUAGGAUGGUUAAGAGAGAUGUUGCUACUUGGACUUCUAUGAUUUGUGGGUAUUGUAAUAUAGGAAAGACUGGAAAAGCUCUUGAUUUGUUUCAGAGGAUGAAGUUAGAAGGAUUAGAACCAAAUGAUUUCACGUGGAAUGUGAUGAUAGCUGGUUAUGCUCGGGAUGGAGAUAUUAAAGGAGCAUUUGCGCUCUUCUCUAGAAUGACUAGAGAAAGGUUGGUUCCUGAUUUGGUCACUUGGAAUGCAAUGAUUUCAGGUCUAGUGCAAAGCCAGCAAGCUGGCGAAGCAUUCAAGUUGUUUCGGGAUAUGUUGGUUUCAGGGAUUAAACCCAAUCUUGUGACUGUGACAGGAUUGCUCCCUGCAUGUGGAUUGACAGGUUCAAUGCAAAGAGGAAGAGAAAUUCAUGGAUUGAUCUACAGGAUGGGGCUUGAUAUUAAUAUCUUUGUUGCUAGUGCACUUAUUGACAUGUACUCGAAAUGCGGCAGUGUGAAGAAUGCUCAAAAUGUCUUUGACAGGAUUCCUGUCAAGAAUAUCGCGUCUUGGAAUGCCAUGAUUGGUUGCUAUGGGAAGCAUGGCAUGGUUGAAUCGUCAAUACAGUUGUUUAAGAGGAUACAAGAAGAAGGAAUACAGGCAAAUGAAGUGACUUUUAUUUGCAUUCUUUCUGCAUGCAGCCAUAAUGGUUUAGUAGAAGAAGGUUUGAAGAUUUUUAGGUCCAUGAAAGAGAGUUAUGGGAUUGAGGUUGGAAAAGAGCAUUAUGCUUGCGUUGUUGAUCUUUUGUGUCGUUCAGGGAGGAUGGUAGAAGCUUAUGAGUUGGUGAAGGAGAUGCCAAUGGAAGUGCCAGAGUCAAUUGUUGGAGCUUUCUUCAAUGGUUGUAAAAUCCAUGGAAGAAAAGAUCUGGCUAAAAUGAUGGCUCAGGAUAUUCUGAAGAUGGAGUUGAAGAAACCUGGAGGUUAUGUGACACUUUCAAAUAUUUAUGCUGCUGAUGGUGAUUGGGAAGAGGUUGAGAAUGUAAGGAAGAUGAUGAAGGAAAGUAACAAUCAUAAGAAGCCUGCUUUUAGUUGGGUAGAGAAAAGAAAUGAGUUUGUUGGAGAGGGAAAAGAAAGUGAUGUAGUUGAAAUGGGAGCAGACAAGAUCAAAAAGGCCAAAAACGAUGGAGAGUCCAAAGAUUUAGAUUCUACAGGACUUGGUGGUUAAGCAAUUAGAAUUAGUGGGGCUGCCAUUUGAGUACCAAAUUCUUUUUUUUCUUUUACUUUUCUUCUUCCUUCUAAGAAAAUUAUUUCAACAAGUGUAGACUUCGAAUAUAAAUUUUUUCAGGGACAUAAACAUAUAAAAAGGAAUUGAGACAAAAAUAAUUUACUAGGGAUCUCAGCAUACCUGUUUU